UGCACAUACUUAUGAUGCUUUCCAUUAAAAAUGGUGUGGGUUGUUGAAAGUGUUUGUUUAUGUCAUAAAUUGAAGGAUUGUGGUUUCUGUCUUGUAUGGAAUGUCUAAGAUACGCAAGCUAGCUGGCUAUGAUUCACCCUCGGUAAAUGUAACAUGCAGCAUAAAUUUGAAACCGUAUCUCACUUCACAAGUCAUGUAGACAUUCUUAACCCCCAUGCUACCGAGUACUUACUCAGAAGUUUAUAUAUGUGGGGGUCGAGAAUUUCGGUACUAUGUGUAUAAUAUAAGAACAAUUAAGUCGACUGAUAACACCGGCGAAAUUUGACUCUGUGUGUGUACUUUCAGUGUAAAUGAAUUUUGCGGAUCUAUUUUCGAUUGGAAACAUUCACAUUCAUUUGGUUAUGAACUGCGAUAGAGAAAAAUAUUUCUAGAUGUGUGAAUCUAAUGUGUAUUGGAAGUAAAGGAUAUUGUUUAUUCCAGUUUUCAAGUAUUGAUAGGUUCAAGGACAAAUUUGUUAUGGUGGCCAACUAUGUUUUCACCAACUAGAUCAUGAGAUGGUCUGAUGAGCUCACAAAAAUGGAAGAGGCCCAACUAGAAUUGGUCUAUGUCACAGAUAGAAUCAUUUGUAUGUCAUUUCUAUCUGAAGGCCAUAAUGUGGAAUAUCAGAGGGAUCUUCACGAUGUGUUUCAUAUGCUUCGUACAAAACAUGGCGAAAAUGUCUUGGUCAUAAAUAUCUCUGAACCGAGAGAUGACCUACAACGAGCCAAUAACCAGAAGGUCAUCGACUUUGGGUGGCCGGAGCAUCUGGCUCCGCCCCUUGAACGGUUGUGUAAUAUCUGCAAGAGUCUGGACUCCUGGCUGAACUCUGACCUCGGUCAUGUGGUCGUCCUGCACUGUAAAGGUGGGCGGGGUCGCCUGGCUGUCAUCAUCGCAGCCUUCCUGAAUUACAGCAACAUCUGCUCAAGCUCGGAACAGCUUUUGGACAGAAUGGCUAUGAACCGGUUCUAUGAUGAUAAACUUGGUGGACUCAAAAAGCCUUCCCAUAGAAGGUACAUAGAGUACUUUUCUGGGCUCCUUUCGGGUGCAAUAAAGAUCAACUCUAGCCCCCUGUACCUCCAUCACCUGGUCAUGCACGGAGUCCCAAACUUUGACAGCCGGGGUGGGUGUCGGCCCUACAUCACGGUCUACCAGAGCAUGCAGCCGGUGUUUACAUCUGGGGUCUACAAUGUAACUGAUCAGAUGCAGAAGGUCUGCAUUUCCAUAUCGCCAGGGAUUCCCCUGCGAGGGGACAUCAUGAUCAACUGCUACCACAAGGCCCACUCCGGCCACAAGGACCCGAUCUGGAAGUGCCAGUUCCAUACCUGCGCUAUCUCCAACUACAACCUCUUGUUCAGCAAGGAGGAGCUGGAUGAUGCAGACCGAGAUCCAAGGUUCCCAGACAAUGGGAAAAUAGAAUUUGUGUUUGGUCCAAAUCAGGAUGCUGUUGUACCAGUGACAGACUUCAAGUCGGAUGUAACAGUUCCGGUGGAAGACAAUAUGGAUGAGCUGGCGGGUCAGGAGUCAAGGGUUAUUGACGGAUAUACAAAAAUCGAAAGUGUUCUUAGGAGAGAUGAGCAGAGUUCGUCGUAUGCCACAGACACCAAAAGAAUGCAGAACAACAACAACGCUAAGUCUUACGGCUCCCAGAGUUACAACACCUCAUACUCAACCAACGCCAAGCAGUCCGUCACUCCUCUGGAUGAACAAACUCAGUUAGAUGAUAUUUUGAGUAACUUACUUAAUGACCAAGUGAUCAGUCCUAAAUCAGGUGCCAGCACCAUGUCCAAGGAAACCCGGACGUUCAGGACCUACGAAACACACACCGGAGCGGAUGGGAAGACGGUGCACCAAAACGCAGAGGUUACCUACAAACUACCAGGUGAGGUGAAAGAGGAAAGGCAUUACACAGUGAAGACAGAGAAAUCCACUUCUCCGUACAUGCCAACAAAAGCAUUUAGUUACACAACCUCGCCCGAGAUGGCUCGUAAAUUUGACAGCCCCAAAUCGAACACUCUUCCUUAUAAAACGGAUUACGACAAUCGAUAUCAGUCCGAUCUGUCAUCAUCAUCAUACAGCACUAUGCAGAAUGGAAAAACGGUGUCGGAUACGGAUUCUUGGCUGCAACAGCAGCAGAAAAAACUGAGGGACAAGAAGGAUUAUAAGGAUGAUUUUCGUGUUCAGCAGGAAAAGAAACUGGUUGAAGAGUUGCGCUCGGCCCAAAAUCGUUACAUGACAAAGCGGGCUCAGAGUGAAGAGGAAGCCAGCAGUGUGAAAAAUUCCAGUCUGUCAAAUGGCCCUGCCUCUGCCCCUCCCCACGGAUACAGCUACUCGAUGUCAAGAACUCAUGCAUACUCUACAGAGAAACCUCCAGGCACUUUCUCCUCAGGUGAUUCAACUUUCGAUUCUAGAGUAACAAAACCCACAAGUCCAAUCAGGGGGCUGCAAACAAAGGUCAUAAUACAGCCAACUUCUGCCCCUAUCUCCCCUCCUAUGCGAUCCAGUAGUAAGAACUACAUGCAGCGAUCUCGUACUCUUAGCAAUAGUGCAGUGGAUGGAAAUGGGCCUCAGAAGCUACUAAGGCAGAGCUCUGAUGUGACCUUUGACCGUAAGGAUGAUAUCCAGCCCCCUGUUAUUCGUCAAAUUACCAUUACAACCCCUCCCCGUAGCCCCCGGCCUUUCUCCCCCACUUAUCAGACAAGUACAUAUAGGUAUUCUAAUCGAUCAGCUGCUAGCUUGUCUCCUCCAGUUGAACGAAAGACAUUUCAGAGGGACUUCAUGACGCCUCCAGUUCAAGAGCCGUCUGUGAUGAGGCAAACCACUCACAGAUCAUUUUCUUCUUCUGAUUCUGACAAAUACAAAACCAAGAGCCUACCUCGACAUGCAGCAACUAAGUCAAAAGUCACAGAAAUUCACGAAUUGGCUAUACCAGAAGGCAAGAAAAAAUCUCAUUAUAUAACUGAGGUCUAUGUACACCGCAGUCCAGGAGCAGUGCCCACAGGAAACGUAGAAAAAUCAUACAAGACUGAGCGAGAUCAUUUGGAAUCAAAUAAAUUGGACGAUCUGAAACAGUCGUUGAGUUCGGUCAACAACACUGUGCUAAAUCAACCGAAUCUGAACCAACAGAGCACGCCGGGAGGAUACACCCAGGAGCAUGUUGUCACCAGAAGGGUGGAGACCCGCAAGUAUGAAACAAACUACCAGCAACAGCAGCAGCAACAACAAGAGCAACAGAUGUCCAAUACCAUGCUUGGACAGUCCUAUGCCGCCACCCCCAAGACUUCUCGGACUGUGGAGGAGGACCGCUUCAGCCUUAGACCCAUAGGGCCUGGAAUGCAGCCCCUGGAGCCCGAAGGCUCACCUACAAACGUGGGAACCCUCAACCGUUCCACCACCCCCAGUUUCCCGACAGCCACCACCCCAAGUUUUCCGGUCAGCCCAGGAAUGUACACAGACAACAGUCAACUGAUGAGAGAACAUCAAGCCCAUAAUCAAACCUUGGAAAGACAACAACAGCAACAACAACAACAACAACAACACUUCCAGUAUCAACAAAACUACCAAACCAGCCACCAGCAACACAGCUACCAGACUAGCCAGCAACAGCACCAGCAACAUCAGCAGCAUUACCUGACGGAGGAUCAGCAACACAUGGGCACACGCAGCCCGCUUCACAUAGACACAUCCAGCCCUCAAAUGAUGUCCAACGUCAUUGGUUCAAGGAGUCCAGCUAGCCCUCACUCCCCUGAGACACUGAACACCCUGAGACAUCAGCUCCACGUGGCCAGUAACAAUGUGUCGCAGUCACACUCCGCUGCCCUCAGUCCUAACACGGUCACUGGUCAGAGCUCCCCCAGCGUCUACUUUGGACUCUCCCGCAGGGGAAGUUUGUCAUCUGUAGCUGAUUCGGUAGAUGCUACCCAUGCAACACCAAAGUUUGUUAAAGACACCUCCAAAUACUGGUACAAGCCCAACAUAUCCAGAGAGGAAGCCAUCCAAUUGUUGAAAGACAAAGCACCUGGAACCUUUGUAGUUAGGGACAGUAACUCUUUCCCGGGUGCAUUUGGUUUGGCGCUGAAGGUUGCGACGGUCCCAGCUAAUGUCCAGACAAAGUCCACUGGGGACCCAUCAGUUGAUCUCGUUAGGCAUUUCCUAAUCGAACCCACCCCUAAAGGUGUUAGACUACGAGGAUGCAACAAUGAACCUGUUUUCGGAAGCUUGGCUUCAUUAGUGUACCAGCAUUCAUUGACACCAUUGGCCUUGCCAUGUAAAUUAGCUCUACCAGAACCAGACAAUAUUCAUGACCAUGUCGAUGGCCCAACUUCACCAGACCUACCUAGUUCUGCUGCAGCUCUUCUUGCCCAGGGCGCAGCUUGCAAUGUCCUGUACCUAAACUCAGUGGACACGGAGUCCCUUACAGGGCCCCAAGCUGUCGCCAAGGCAAUCAAGCAGACGUUUGAUGGUAGCCAGAAACCAAAGCAGACUGUUGUUCAUUUCAAAGUCUCUAAUCAGGGUAUUACUCUCACAGAUAACCAAAGGAAGCUCUUCUUCAGAAGACACUACCCUGUCUCCUCUGUCACAUACUGUGGAAUGGACCCCGAAGGAAAACAAAUAUUCGGUUUUGUGGCAAAGAAACAGAGCGGAGGAAAUGACAACACUUGCCACCUGUUUGCUGAACUAGAUCCUGGUCAACCAGCAUCUGCCAUUGUCAAUUUUGUAACAAAGGUCAUGAUUGGUCAAGGAAAAAAAGACUGAAGAGAACUAACUUUUCAUUGGUUUAUGAUUUUCUCACCAUAACUUACAUUGGUCUGGAUACAUCGGACAUGUAAAGAUCAGUGCUUAGAUAGCUUUAAUCGUGUAUUUUGUCAUGCUGCAAGAUAUUAUUAUUUAUUCUCAAAUAAAAAAUUUAAGAGAUCUGAAUUGCACAAUGAAGCCCUGGCACAGAGGUGGAGAACUCCACAGGAUAGAGAGCAUUCCCCCACCCAGAGGAACAGAAAAACCAGAGGGGAUUUUUACAUCCAAGGAUAUUGAAUAUUAUUGUGUGUCUUGAUAUUGUAUCUGUGUUACAAAUGUAUAUUUUUGUAUGCGUUAGAAGGAACUUGUAAAGAUGUUGAAUGAAUUUUCUUUUUAGAACCCUAUUUUAUCCUUGUAUCAAACCCACUUGAUUUUUUAACAGUAGCAAAAUGAUUUUACAUACUGCUGAAUUAGACGAUGCAUUAGCAAGCAUCUCAUUGUCUAAAUAUACUGUCUGUGCUGGUAUAAAUCAAAUGUUUAACCACACUGAGAACAAUAUGUAACCAUAUUGCUCCAAAGUUGGAAUGCAUGUUAAUGUGAUCAUAUCAUAAAUCAUUAUGCAAUUCUUUGUUGUUAAUGCCCCCCUCCCCAGUACCCCCACCCCAAACAAUAUCAAGUGUGUAUUAGUUACGAGACUAUAGCUUUUGUCCAGAGAUGUUGAAUAUAUAAACAACAAACUUAGAUGGUAGCGUCUUCCACAACAAAAUGCCGCUGUUGGCAUUCGGGCUCUGUUGUUCUCGAUCGGGUAAUUUCUUACGUUUGUUUUUGUCAUUGUGUGUUGAAAAAAAAAGUUGUUGUCCGUUUGUAGAUAAAUCUUAUUAUCGUAUACACUGUUAUCAACAAUCACCGCAUUUAUGUUUUCAUGAAAAUUUGUUCACUAGUAUAUCAACUAUUGACCAUCUUUUUUUUUUCUUUUUUUUUUAAAAAAGAUUUAUUGGUUGUUCUCGCCAGAGGUUGUAUUUUUUACUCUGAAUCAAAAUGUGAUAGAAAUAAAAUGAUCUGCAUUAUAAAUAAAUUUAAUUUUCAGCCACUACCAGAUACAUUUACAUUUUUUACAGAAAUAUUAUAUAUAUAUACCACAAUAUAUACAACUCUUGUUUGGCUUUUGCAUUAAGAUUUGGUAAUGUAUUGAAGAAAGUGUUCAAAACGGCAUGGAAUUUCACUGCUGGUCUUUUCAUGAUCAUGUAACGUGUGUGUGAUAUAUUACUUUGCUGUACAGCUUACAUGUGUAUUUCUACAAUGUACAAUUAUAUGAAGCAAUUAGUUGUUGUGUACAUAUAUAUUGAGCUAUAUACAUUGGGUGUGAAAUAUUUAAACCAUAUUGUUGAGGUUAUCCUCUUUAUUUAUUGCUGUUUUCCCCCCUUUUCCCUAUUUUUACCAUUUAUUCCUUUAUAUAAUUAUUUGAAAAACCAUCAAAGAAUUAAAGUUAGAGUUCUUGCCUGCUUAUAAUUUUUAUAUACAGUACUUGCUGAGGAACAUUUAGGCCAAAAUUAUUGAUAGACAUUUUUUUCUUCUACAAUUAAGAUUUUAUUUUAUGUGUAUAUUUCUUAUGGUAGCUACGAAUGAAAUAUGUAAAUUUAAAGUCAAAUUCACUUUAUUUUCUCCCUCCCCUGUGAUAUUAAAUGAUGAUAUUCAUUGAACAAAAUUAAUCUUAUUUUUUAAAAUUGAUUUAAUUUUUUUUGAUCUGACACAUAAGAGGGCUUUUUGGGUUCCUUCAGUUCAUGAGAAAAAAAGGAACCCAUUCUCUUGCCACAACUCUCAACUGCAUUUGAUAAAAAAAAUAAAUGUACUUUUUGGAAAGUUUUUGUUAUUUUAUGAACUGUAUAUUGAUCAUAGGACUCCAGAAAACAGCUGGUUUACUGCCGAUUGAAGGAGUUCUACGACUAGGGUGCUAUUAUCUCAUAUGCAUGAGUAUAUAUGUUCUAAAAAUGUGUGCGAGGUAUUUGCUUUUAAUAUAUAUACCGUAUAAAUAUGAAUCUGUACUUAUAGUGUUUCAGCUUUAUUUUGGAUAAUGGUUUAUAUGUAUGUAUAAUACAUGUAUAUAUAUACAUUUUGUACUGUGUUAUAUAAAACAUGUACUUCUAGUGCUCAUGAAAUCAGGGCACAUCAGUAGCUAUGAACAGACGAAAAAAAACAUGUACUCUUCACCUCAGUUUGUACAUUGCGAAUUACAUGUACUUUCUUUUAGUCUAGGUAGGGUCUUUUUCGAUAAUUUAGAAAAAUUGUUUAGAAGAACUGAUGAAAAAUGAACAGCCAGUGAAUUAGAUGGAAAUAUGACUGUAAAUUUAGUUCAAAUUUAGCCCCAGCACCCCCUGUGCAAUCCUAGAGUUAAAAGUUCAGUUAGGAUGCAACUUAUUCAGUGGAUCAAUUAAAUAUACUGUAGAAGUCAUUUUUUUUUCCAUUGGUUGUUGUUACAUGUACUAAGUCGUCAAUGGCAACACAUUGAUUGGUUUGGUUUAAUUGGGAUUGGACAGGGUGUGCUUUAGAUAUGAAUUCUAAUUUUGUUGUACCAUUCUAAUAUGUAUGCAAUAAAUUUCGUUUUUAGUGUG